AUGGGCUUGCCAGACCUUCCGCCCGAGCUCCAGGUCAUGGUGUACGAGAACCUUGAGGACGACUACGACGCUCUAAUGGCCUUGACUACGGUUUCGCGAGCUGUCGCCGAUUGCGCUCAUUACGUGCUCGAGCCGUUACAAACACUCGACCUUUCUGAUGGGUGCACGGACGAGAUUGAGGACAAUCUAAUCAGGCUGUAUGAGCUGGCCUAUGGCCCUACUUCACCCGUCCCUCAAGUUACAUUCAGAACGAUUCACUCAGAUCUUGGUCAAAACUUGAUCAGACAAGCUUCUGCAUACAGAACGCUGGUAGUCCACUUUGACAGCCGUUACGGGUUUACACAAAGGCCGGCCAUUCGACCAGAAAACAUGGUCAAGCUGGAAGCCAUGUGGGCGUUACUGAACGGAAGUGAACCCUACAGUCCUUCUACCUGGAGGAGGAAUGUUCAAAACCGUCUUGCCGACACCUCACUGCGUCUGGUGUUCCGCACCAUGCGCCAUCUCACCACGCUUGAAUUGGGUGGCUCCACUAACAUCCUGCCUUGGAAAACGGCGGGAAUCCUGCCCAUGUUGCGCACACUCAAGUUCACUGCCAUUACGAACCCGAAGCUGUCUCCAAUGUGCUGGAACCUCGCAGCCAGACCGCACCUAGUCACCCUCGAGUUCUCAAACAUGAGCAUUACCACGUCCUUCCUGGCGAAUCUCAAAAACGACCUUCCCGUCACGGAUCUACGCUUCAGGCACUGCUGGGUGGAGAUCAACGCGUUCCGUCGCUUUUCAGAUCAUUGCAAGCGCAUGGAGGCUUUUGAGUACACGCUCGGUGCUUACUACUGGCCGGUCGCAGCAACGAAAAGCAAACAUCACCACCUAGCCAGUCUCGUCAGUCAAAUGCAUCGUCACGCCAACAAGCUGACCCAUCUCACACUACUCAUGCCCAACGUCGAGAUGGACAGCACGCAGUGCAACCACGUCGUCUCCCUCGCCCAGUUCACCGCGCUGCAAAAGCUGGCCAUCAGCUACAAGGUCCUCGCCCCUCACACCCGUGCCUGUGGUGUGUAUGUGGCGAACCCGAACACCAUGCUGACUCAGUGGGAUAUCCUGUCUGGCCUCGCGCCGUCCGUGGACGAGGUACAUCUGUACCGCGGCGACGAGGCGGAUGUCAUGCUCACGCUGUCCGGGAUGGUGAACAGCAUGGGCCCGAACAUGUUGCCAAACCUGCGCCGUGUGGAGGUCAUUCUGUCUAGACUCCGGUCACCAUUCAGUGUGUCUAGGUCCCCUGGUACGCGGGAGGUGGCGAUUCGGAAGAAGUUCGAGCGCCGUGGGGUGGUGGUCUUGAUUUCAAGGCCGAAACAUGUGUAUCCUCUGGACUAG